CGCGAGGCUCAGCGUGCGCGCCGGCGCGUGCGUCGUGCGUGCUCGCGCGCGCGGCCCAGCGAGCGGCGCUCGGGGCCCCGAGGCGGCUGAGGCUAGGCGGCUCCGCGCUCCAGGGCUCCUCGGCGUGACGGCCGCGCCCGCGUUGUUCCAGCCCGCCGCCGAGGCCGCUCCCGGGGCGCGAAGAUGCCGGCCGUCUCCAAGGGGGAUGGGAUGCGGGGCCUAGCGGUCUUCAUCUCCGACAUCCGCAACUGUAAAAGUAAAGAAGCUGAAAUAAAGAGGAUAAACAAGGAGCUGGCAAAUAUUAGAUCAAAAUUUAAAGGUGAUAAGGCUCUUGAUGGCUACAGUAAAAAGAAAUAUGUCUGCAAAUUACUGUUCAUCUUUCUCCUUGGUCAUGACAUUGAUUUUGGACACAUGGAAGCUGUGAAUCUUCUGAGUUCAAACAGAUACACGGAAAAGCAGAUUGGUUACCUUUUCAUCUCUGUGUUGGUGAACUCGAAUAGCGAACUGAUCCGCUUGAUUAACAACGCCAUCAAGAACGACCUGGCCAGCCGCAAUCCUACAUUUAUGGGCCUGGCCCUGCACUGCAUCGCCAAUGUGGGUAGCCGUGAGAUGGCGGAGGCCUUCGCUGGAGAGAUCCCCAAGAUCCUCGUGGCAGGAGACACCAUGGAUAGUGUGAAGCAGAGUGCAGCCCUGUGCUUGCUGCGCCUGUACAGGACAUCACCUGACCUAGUUCCCAUGGGCGACUGGACAUCUCGUGUGGUACAUCUCCUCAAUGACCAGCACUUGGGUGUAGUGACUGCUGCAACUAGCCUCAUCACCACCCUGGCCCAGAAGAAUCCUGAGGAGUUCAAGACCUCUGUCUCUCUAGCCGUCUCUCGACUCAGCAGAAUUGUGACAUCUGCAUCAACAGAUCUUCAGGAUUAUACUUACUACUUUGUCCCAGCUCCUUGGCUGUCAGUCAAACUUCUGAGACUGCUGCAGUGCUACCCGCCCCCAGAAGACCCUGCGGUGCGUGGCCGCCUGACCGAGUGCUUGGAGACCAUCCUGAACAAGGCCCAGGAGCCACCCAAGUCCAAGAAGGUCCAGCACUCAAAUGCCAAGAAUGCUGUGCUGUUUGAGGCCAUCAGCCUGAUCAUCCACCAUGACAGUGAGCCAAACUUGCUCGUCCGUGCCUGCAAUCAGCUGGGCCAGUUCCUGCAGCACCGGGAGACAAACCUGCGCUACCUGGCUCUAGAGAGUAUGUGUACCUUGGCCAGCUCUGAGUUCUCUCAUGAGGCCGUCAAGACCCACAUUGAGACUGUCAUCAAUGCCUUGAAGACGGAGCGAGACGUGAGCGUGCGGCAGCGGGCAGUGGACCUGCUCUAUGCCAUGUGUGACCGCAGCAACGCCCAGCAGAUUGUGGCUGAGAUGCUGAGCUACUUAGAGACGGCUGACUACUCCAUCCGAGAGGAAAUUGUGCUGAAGGUGGCCAUCCUGGCUGAGAAGUAUGCAGUGGACUACACUUGGUAUGUGGACACCAUCCUCAACCUCAUCCGCAUUGCAGGGGACUAUGUGAGCGAAGAGGUGUGGUACCGUGUCAUCCAGAUUGUCAUCAACCGUGAUGAUGUGCAGGGUUAUGCUGCCAAGACGGUGUUUGAGGCAUUGCAGGCUCCAGCGUGUCAUGAGAACUUGGUCAAAGUGGGCGGCUACAUCCUGGGGGAGUUUGGAAACUUGAUAGCUGGGGACCCACGAUCCAGCCCUCUGAUCCAGUUCAACCUGCUCCACUCCAAGUUCCACUUGUGCAGCGUCCCCACCCGGGCACUCCUGCUGUCCACCUACAUCAAGUUCGUGAACCUCUUUCCAGAGGUAAAGGCUACCAUUCAGGAUGUGCUGCGCAGUGACAGCCAACUGAAGAAUGCAGAUGUGGAGCUGCAGCAGCGGGCUGUGGAGUACCUUCGUCUGAGUACUGUUGCCAGCACUGACAUCCUGGCAACUGUCCUGGAGGAAAUGCCACCCUUUCCUGAGCGUGAGUCCUCCAUCUUGGCCAAGCUGAAGAAGAAGAAGGGCCCGAGCACAGUGACUGACCUGGAGGAGACCAAGCGUGAGCGAAGCAUUGAUGUGAACGGGGGCCCUGAACCUGUUCCAGCCAGCACCAGUGCUGCGUCUACACCUUCUCCAUCAGCAGACCUGCUGGGUCUGGGGGCCGUUCCCCCUGCUCCCACAGGGCCCCCUCCCUCCUCUGGCGGUGGGCUGCUGGUGGACGUGUUCUCAGACUCAGCUUCUGCAGUUGCACCUCUUGCUCCCGGCUCUGAAGACAACUUUGCCAGGUUUGUUUGUAAAAAUAAUGGUGUGUUGUUUGAAAACCAGCUGCUUCAAAUUGGACUUAAGUCAGAAUUUCGGCAGAAUUUAGGCCGAAUGUUCAUAUUUUAUGGUAACAAGACCUCCACACAGUUCCUAAACUUCACUCCAACACUAAUCUGUGCUGAUGACCUUCAGGCUAAUCUGAACCUGCAGACCAAGCCCGUGGACCCAACCGUGGAUGGGGGCGCACAGGUGCAGCAGGUGGUCAACAUUGAGUGCAUAUCUGAUUUCACAGAGGCGCCUGUCCUCAAUAUCCAGUUCAGGUAUGGUGGUACCUUCCAGAAUGUGUCUGUUAAGCUCCCCAUCACUCUCAACAAAUUUUUCCAGCCCACAGAAAUGGCUUCUCAGGAUUUCUUUCAACGUUGGAAGCAGUUGAGCAAUCCACAGCAAGAAGUGCAGAAUAUCUUCAAAGCAAAGCAUCCGAUGGAUACAGAGAUCACUAAAGCAAAGAUUAUUGGAUUUGGUUCUGCACUCCUUGAGGAAGUUGAUCCAAACCCUGCAAAUUUUGUGGGUGCUGGCAUAAUACAUACCAAAACCACCCAGAUUGGCUGCUUGCUGCGCCUGGAGCCAAAUCUGCAAGCUCAGAUGUACCGACUCACCCUGCGUACCAGCAAAGACACCGUCUCUCAGAGACUAUGUGAAUUGCUGUCGGAACAGUUCUAAUCCACAGACCAGAAGAUCAGGCUCUUUGUUUGUGCGUCUCUCUUGUCUCUACUGUUUGUCUUUGUACCACACUGCAGAUAAACACCCCUUGUCUGAAAACUGCCACUCAAGGCACCUCCAGUCCUACACCUACAGCCAGCCCUUGGGUGUGGAGGGAAUGCAGGACACAGUUUGAGAAGGGCUGCAGCAGGCCUGCCCCAUCAAAGAAGGGUGCCUGGGCCUGGAAAAUCAAGGCAGCCCUGUGGUUCAACCUACAAAUUAAAGGGAAAUUAGAAGUUUGAAUGAAAGUGGAAAUUUUGUUCAAAUUUUAUUAAAAUGCCACUGGCUCGAUCUCAGAAUCCAGAAGCAGCACCAUGUGCUUUUAGGGUUAACACAGAGCUGUGUGGCUAUGUUGGAUGGUGACAGCAGUGGCUUAAAGGUAUGUGGCCUCAUGGGCUGGGGAGUGUCCGUGGGGUUUGCUGUAGCACUAUCUGAUGGUGCUGAAGUGCUUGUGUUUAUGACUGUUGGCAAACUCCAUGCCCCACAUGGCAGGAUCUUGUGCCUAGCAUACCAGUGUUCUUGAAGGGACAGUUUUAAGAUUUUACCACUUAUUUGAGAUCUUAGGUUUGCAGCAUGGUGGGCAGAGGGGUUCCUCUUGACUUUGGGAGACAUGGACCUCACCCAUCUUUUGUUUCUAAUGAAUGUACUGUUCCUGUGGUACAUUCUGGGGACUUGAAGGUUGAGUGGGUAGGGUGGUGAAGUCAUCAUUCAUAAGGUGUGCUUCCCUCCAGAGCAUCUCAGUUGGUGCCCCAUUGUUGCAUCCCCACUUCUGUGAAGCUCUUGUGGUUGGGUGGAAAAGGGAGACCUAAGUGUGGCAAUGGAGUGAAAGGCCAGGGUGAGAAUGGCAGCUCAGGUAGGUGCUAUGCAAAGGGUGCGCUGAACUUCCUAGCUUGAGCACUGGUAGCUCAUGGGCUAGUGGUUAACCUUGUGUGGGCAUUAGAGUGUGUGUUCAGCCCAUCAAGGGAAGAGCAUAGGUCGCAGCAGAAGCCAUGGGAUCCCAGGCCGGGCCCCUGUGCUCUGUCUUGAGACAAUGCCCAGGAUUGCUGCAGCCGUAGCUGUACAGGUUUAUCUGUACUUACACAGCAGUGUUGAUGCCCCUUGCUCACUGGAGCACUAGCUGUGGUCACAUAUGCAUGAGGGUUGGUUUUUUUUUUUUUUUCCCUCAGCAUCAGGCUGUGUGGUGGGUUUGAGGACUACAGCAGGGCUACUCAAGCUACUGCAAGCUUCUACAGUCCAACUUUGUAUAGCUCAGGCAGUUAGUUUCAGAACAAUCAGCAUCUACUGAGCUGACCUUUGUGUUCCAUGAAGCCCUCGGUCUGCCUGUCACAUGUUCUGACCCACACCUGCCAUGGCACAGGCUUGUGUUACAGAUGGAUGAUCUAGCCGUGGCCACAGUGAGCCUCCGAAAUUCCCUCGCUCUAGUACCUGGACAGUGUGGCUGCCCAUUACAUGCACUAUUGCAUGGACCAUGUGGAUAACUCAACCUGUGUGGCUGUGGCUUUUGUACCAUGUGCUGCUCAGUGAUGGUGUCUGGAUCAGUAAUGCCCCAGCACACAGAAGCUGCUUGGGGCACAGGCCUGCCUUCUGUGACUCCCAGGCCUUCAUCAGUACAGUGUGCUUGUUCUCAGAGAAAAAAAAAAAAUAAAUGCUAGGAUAGGAAACUGGA